AUGGUGCUAGACGGCUCUGGUGCUGCUGCAACACAGGAGAGAAGUGCAGCGGUCCCAGCAAUAGAAAGGGGUAUUUGGGAUGCAGAGGGGUUCAGUUUGAACCAAAAAGAGGCCGUUAAGAACGUAAAAGUGCUGCGAGUUGCAGCGAGUCGCGCUGAGCUGCGGUAUUAUAUGGGUGCCUACGAAGAGGCAGGCGAUUCGUCCGCACCUUUUGGUGAUGUUCUCAUGAACGUUUCUCCUCUAAAAAGAGUCUUCUUGUCGAGUAAAAGUAUUUAA